CUCAGCUUUAACACACCUUGGCUGGGUCUGGAUAAAAAAAGUGUGAGCUGAAAACCUCUGCAAGAAAACAGUAAGAAGAGAGCGAGAGAAGGAGGGAUCUGUCCAAGAUUGUUUCUCAUUCUUUGAAAACCUCCAGCAAGGCGGCUAUGGUAUGGACGUAACCAAGAAAAGCAAACGCGAUGGUACUGAAGUCACAGAAAGACUUAUCACUGAAACAGUAACCACAAGACUUACAUCCUUACCACCAAAAGGGGGAACGAGCAAUGGCUACUCUAAAACAGGUUCUCUUGGUGGAGGGAGCAGAGUGGAGAAACAGAGCCUGCUGCAUGGCAGCAGCGGCUACAUAAACUCAAGUGGAAGCACAAGAGGAAAUGCCUCUACCUCCAGUUACAGGAGGGCUCACUCACCUGCCUCCACUCUGCCCAACUCACCAGGCUCAACCUUUGAAAGGAAAACUGUCACUCGCCAUGCAGCAUACGAAGGGAGCUCCAGUGGAAACUCAUCUCCAGAAUAUCCUCGAAAGGAAUUUGCAUCUUCUUCAACUAGGGGACGGAGCCAAACACGAGAAAGUGAAAUCCGAGUUCGCCUGCAGAGUGCAUCCCCGUCUACGCGAUGGACAGAAUUGGAUGAUGUGAAGCGUUUGCUCAAGGGGAGCCGGUCAGCAAGCACGAGCCCCACGCGGAACUGCUCCAGUACCCUCCCCAUCCCUAAGAAGGGCACCAUGGAGACUAAGACCGUCACAGCAAGCUCCCAGUCGGUAUCAGGGACCUACGACACGACCAUCCUGGAUGCCAACCUUCCCUCUCACGUGUGGUCCUCCACCUUGCCUGCGGGGUCUUCCAUGGGGGCCUAUCACAACAACAUGACAACUCAGAGCUCAUCGCUCCUCAACACCAAUGCCUAUUCUUCAGGAUCAGUUUUUGGAGUUCCGAAUAACAUGGCGUCCUGCUCUCCCACACUGCACCCUGGACUCAGCACCUGCUCCUCAGUGUUUGGGAUGCAGAACAAUCUGGCACCCAGCUCCACCACGCUGUCCCAUGGCACGACCACCACUUCCACAGCAUAUGGCGUCAAGAAAAACAUGCCCCAGAGCCCUGCUGUUGUGAGCACUGGCAUGUCCACCUCUGCGGCCUGCACCACAAGUGUCCAGAACGAUGACCUUUUGCACAAGGACUGUAAGUUCCUGAUCUUGGAGAAAGGCAACACCCCUGCCAAGAAGGAGAUGGAGCUGCUCAUCAUGACCAAGGACAGCGGCAAGGUCUUCACAGCCUCCCCAGCAAGCAUCGCAGCAACUUCUUUCUCAGAUGACACCCUAAAGAAAGAAAAGCAGGCCACCUACACCACCGACACCUGCCUGAAAUCUGAAGCUAAUGGAGACCUGAAGGCAGCAUCCGCCAAGGGCAAAGCUGCUUCUGCAGAGAUCCACGGCUACGACCGUGGCGGCGGCGGCAGCGGCGGCGGUGGUGGCGGUGGCGGUGGUGCAGGCGCAUGGGGCGCAGCGCCCGCCUGGUGUCCCUGCGGCUCCUGCUGCAGCUGGUGGAAGUGGCUGCUGGGCCUGCUGCUCACCUGGCUGUUGCUCCUGGGGCUGCUCUUCGGCCUCAUCGCGCUGGCGGAGGAAGUGAGGAAGCUGAAAGCCAGGGUGGAUGAACUAGAGCAAAUGAAGACCAGCAUGAUCCAUUUCGAGGAGAGGAUGGAGCGGAGCAACAGGGAACGCCUCCAGGGUGCCGCACCCGGGGUGGGCACAGGCCUGGGGACAGGUGGGCUGGACAGCCACGGUCAAGAGGCGCUCUGGGUGUUCGUGAGGAACAAGCUAAUGACGGAACAAGAAAACGGAAAUCUCCGAGGAAAUCCUGGCCCUAAAGGUGACAUGGGAAGUCAAGGCCCCAAAGGUGACCGAGGACUCCCUGGGAUUCCAGGCAUCCCAGGGCCCUUGGGCCAUCCAGGCCCUGAAGGACCAAAGGGACAGAAAGGCAGUGUGGGAGAGCCUGGUAUGGAGGGACCUAUGGGCCAGAGAGGACGAGAAGGCCCCCCGGGACUCCGAGGUGCCCCAGGCCCUCCUGGGUCUGGCGAGAAAGGGGACAGAGGAAUUGCAGGUGAACCAGGUCCUCAGGGCCCACCUGGUGUGCCAGGUUCUGUGGGUCCCAAAGGUUCCAGUGGUUCUCCUGGCCCUCAAGGACCCCCAGGUGCUGUAGGCCUUCAAGGGCUCCGAGGUGAAGUGGGACUCCCUGGUGUCAAAGGUGACAAAGGACUUAUGGGACCACCAGGACCCAAAGGUGACCAGGGCGAGAAAGGACCUCGAGGCCUCACAGGCGAGCCUGGACAGAGGGGUUUGCCAGGUGCUGUGGGCGAGCCUGGUGUUAAAGGAGCAAUGGGUCCUGCUGGCCCUGACGGACAACAAGGCCCAAGAGGUGAACAAGGUCUUACCGGGAUGCCUGGAAUCCGAGGUUCACCAGGACCUUCUGGAGACCCAGGAAAGCCAGGUCUCACAGGACCCCAAGGACCUCAAGGACUUCCUGGUACUCCCGGCCGGCCAGGGACUAAAGGUGAACCAGGAGCUCCAGGCAGGAUUGUCACUGCAGAGGGAUCAUCGACCAUCACUGUCCCAGGUCCUCCAGGACCACCUGGAGCUAUGGGACCCCCAGGACCUCCCGGUUCUCCAGGUCCUGCUGGCCCAGCUGGUAUCCCAGGACAGCAAGGCCCACGAGGGGAGCGGGGCCUUGCCGGCGAGUCGUUUAUGAGCAGCAGCACCUCCAUCUCCGAGGUCCUCUCUGCACAAGGUCUUGAUCUUCGAGGUCCCCCGGGUCCACCUGGACCACGUGGUCUACCAGGGGAAGGACUACCAGGCCCGCCAGGCCGACCAGGAUCUCUCCUUUCCAGCUCAGAAACGUUAUUCUCUGGGCCCCCAGGACCACCUGGACCCCCGGGUCCCAAAGGAGACCAAGGGCCUCCAGGUCCCAGAGGACACCAAGGCGAGCAAGGCCUCCCAGGCUUCUCAUCCUCUGGUUCUGGUUCUCUCGGAUUCACUAUGCAGGGGCCCCCAGGCCCUCAGGGGCCCAAGGGUGACAAAGGUGAUCCUGGUGUUCCAGGGGCUCCUGGCAUUCCUGGUGGUCCGUCUCGAGGGGGAUCGUCCAGCACCACGUACCUGCAGGGCCCACCGGGCCCACCGGGCCCUCCUGGGCCUCCAGGCUCCAUCAGCAGCUCUGGCCGGGAGAUCCAGCAGUACAUCUCCGAGUACAUGCAGAGUGACAGUGUUAGGUCUUAUCUCUCUGGAGUUCAGGGACCCCCAGGCCCACCUGGCCCCCCAGGGCCUGUCACCACCAUCUCAGGAGAGACGUUUGACUACUCAGAGCUGGCAAGCCGUGUUGUGAGCUACUUACGAACCUCCGGGUACAGCAUCGGCUCAGCCUCCGCCUCCAUCUCCUCUGAAGACAUCCUGGCUGCCCUGCAGCGCGAUGACGUGCGGCAGUACCUGCGACAGUCCUUGAUGAGUACUGAUGUGGCCCUCCAGUCUCUGGACUACGCUGAGCUGAGCAGUCGUGUCCUCAGCUACAUGCAAAGUUCUGGGGUCAGCAUGGGGCUCCCUGGCCCCCCAGGUCCCCCUGGCUUGCCGGGGACAUCCUAUGAGGAGCUGAUAUCCUUGCUCCGAGGGUCUGAGUUUGGAGGCAUCGUCGGACCCCCAGGUCCUCCUGGGCCACCAGGGAUCCCAGGCAACGCUUGGUCCAGUCUUAGCAGGGAGGAACUCUCGUCUUACCUGCAGACAGCCGGCCUGUCAUCCAUCCCAGGCCCUCCUGGCCCUCCUGGCCCCCCAGGCCCUCGAGGGCCCCCAGGUGUCUCAGCAGCUCUGGCAACCUACGCGGCUGAAAACAGCGAUAGCUUCCGCAGUGAACUCAUCAGCUACCUCACAAGUCCUGAUGUGCGGAGCUUCAUCAUUGGUCCCCCAGGACCCCCGGGACCGCAGGGCCCCCCUGGGGACAGCCGUCUUCUGUCAUCAGAGGGCUCCUUCAGCCUGGGUGGCUCCUCCUCCCACUCGUCGCUCCGAGGGAGCAGUUCCUACAGCUCUUCUGCAGGCAUAGGCGGGGCCAGUGCGGGCUCCCUGGGCGAAGGGGGUCCCUAUGGAACUGACAUUGGCCUGGGCGGAGGCUAUGGGGCUGCAGAAGGUGGCAUGUUCGGUGGCUUCGGUGGAGGUCUGGAUUACAACGAGCUGGCUGUCCGAGUGUCGGAGAGCAUGCAACGUCAAGGCCUGCUGCAAGGAAUGGCCUACACUGUGCAGGGCCCACCAGGCCGGCCUGGCCCCCAGGGACCCCCUGGCAUCAGCAAGGUCUUCUCUGCCUACAGCAACGUGACAUCAGACCUCAUGGACUUCUUCCGAACUUAUGGCACUAUUCCAGGACCCCCUGGGCAGAAGGGAGAGGUGGGCCACCCUGGUCCCAAAGGUGACAGGGGAGCUGCAGGACCGCCAGGAAGACCUGGCCCACCCGGCCCUCGAGGGCACAAGGGAGAGAAAGGAGACAAAGGUGACCAAGUCUAUGUGGGUCGCAGAAGGAGAAGUAUCGCCCCCAAGUCAUGA